AUGCUCUCACAAAAGGCUUCAAAAAAGAGAUCCAACGAUGUUACGGAUGAAUUCGACACAGAAAGUCUGCUGAGCGACCAAUUACAAGAAAAUCUUAUACUUGAUUCGCGAUAUGAGCGAUCAAAACGAAACGGACGAUUGAACAUUUUACUACACAGUGCAAUUAUUUCUUUCUACGGUAUCAUCGCAAUUCUGCUACUGUUAUGGGGUGCAAAACUCCGUGGUACGAAAUGCGCAUGCGAGAAUGGUGCCGUUUAUUCUCCCGCAAACACGGCUGUCGAAUACCAGAAGCAAAUCAUAAAUCACAAGGUGUUUGAAGAAAGCAACUUCAAGGGCAUGCCACGGCCAGAAGUGGAUGAUGCCUGGGCGAAUCUAUUACAGUCGCUGCAAGACAACGACAUUCGCGUACAAAAACAAGAUCUCGAAAAGGCCAACCUGAAAUCGGUGCCUCUCAACGACGAAAAAGGGGGCUAUUUUGUGACCCUGGAUGUCUACCAUACUCUGCACUGCGUGAACCACAUUCGCAAGUCCUACUACUCCGACUACUACCACAACCCCAAUCCCGUUGCGCAGCAGCGGGAGCACUUUGACCACUGCAUCGAUUUACUUCGUCAGACGCUCAUGUGCCAUGGAGACAUUUCCCUGCAUCCGUUUGAGUGGAUAGAUGAGUAUAGGUUUCCCUGGCCGACGGAGCAGACAGAGCACCAGUGCCGGAACUGGGACAAGCUGGUCGCUUGGUCCAAGGAGCAUUCCAUUGCCAACUUGGAGGGCCCGAUUCUGACACAUCCGACCCUAGGUUAG